GGCAUUUUAAGCUGACGAUAGGAGGGUAAGAUUGCAUAAUGUUGGAUACUUUAGGAUUCGAUUUAGUUGAGUGGAUCUGCAUACAAAUACACGAUAUCCAGUUGUUCUUUCUUUUUAUUUUUUCGCGCCAUCAAACUCUUCCUUUUCCUUAUGCUUCUCGUCGCGUUCUCAUCCUGAACCUUGAGCGCACGUGCAAACCACCACCAGGAAAGAAAAAUCUCAUGGCUUCCCCAAAGCCUCUCCAUCUCGAGAUCACAAUAAUCUCUGCUAAACACCUCAAAAACGUCAAUUGGCGAAACGGCGAUCUGAAACCCUACGCCACCUUCUAUCUCGACAACUCGGACAACCGACUCGCAACUCAUGCCGACGACUCACUCUCAACGCGCCCCGUCUGGAACGAACGAUUUACUAUCCCCAUAAUUCGCCACGAUUCAGUCCUCACUCUCGACGUCUUCCACUCCAAGCCAUCCGAAACCCCCAAACCUCUUGUUGGCACCGUGAAAUUUCCACUGAGUCAGCUCCUCGACUCGGACGAGACAACGUCCUACUCGGUCCGCACACUCGAGCUUUCACGUCCCUCUGGCCGUCCACAGGGUAAAGUCCUGGUGAAACUGGAGGUGAAAGAACGGCCUUUGCCUCCUCCUGUGCAGGAUUACCAUACUGCCCCUAAUUAUAGCCAUUAUUACAACCCUGCCCCUGUUCAACCUCCCGCACGUGACUACAGGGAAUGCUCUCCCUCUCCAUACGGCUACACCGAUCAGUACGGUUACUACCCUGCUUGCUAUCCUUCACAAACUCCCCUACCAUCUCGACCUCUGUUCAAUCGAGCAUCCAAUAACAGUUUCCCGGGUGGGCCUUCUGCUCCCGUUGAUCUAUCUUGCCAACCAUCACCAUUGCCCUACGAUCACAAGCCACCACAGCCGGUGUUGUUGCAAAAGACAUCCAAUUACGGAGUGCCAAGUGGACCAUCGGCUCCCGUCGAUUAUUCAUAUGGGAAAGGUAGUGAGCGCGAGAUCAGUGGGGCAAUCGGAGGGUUAAAUUUGGAGGAAGGGAGCAACUAUGAGAUAGAUAAAGUUGCUGCUGAUGAAGAGAGUCACAGCAACUACCGUCGUGAGUAUUAAAAGAAUUGAGAUGAUUGAGAGAGUGAAGGUAUAUUUUUAAGUUAUUUAUGCUCGCAUUGUGGCCUUGCUUGAUGAAUGUACUUUUGUAUAUAUGCGACUAAUGACGAUAACCACUGGAUGCUGCCCUCAGUUUCCUGUUGUGUUUUGAUUAUUUCUUUUGUUGUGUGCCUGUUUCUUUUAUUUCUGUUAUGAUGUUCGGCGCUAAAUUGAGUUUUAGGGCCGCUCUUUAAUAUGUUUAAUUUGCAUAAAGAGCUUGUACUUGGGUGCUCCAUUGGUUGUUAAUUAUGGUGUAAAACGACUUGAGUAUGGUUCGUGCAUGAUUAAAGUAUGGUGGGGGAAUCUAAGAUAAUAUUUGUUCAUUAA